GAGUCUGCUCCACAAACGUUAGUUACCAUAAAUCACUACUGUUAAAAAAAAAACAAACUAAAAUUAUAUAUGUAAUUAGACUUAAAGUAACCCAACCCCAAACCCACACAUAGUUCAUGUUAAAACAAUUUAAGGUUACAAUAGUCUACAUAAAUAAAGAUAGACAGAGGAAUAAAAAUGUUAAAAAUUCACAAACAAACAAACAAACAGUUUAUUAAGACAAGGUUAUUAUAUAAUAAUGGGGAAUUAAAACACAAGUACCCACAAGGCAGCAUUUGCUGACACUGUGACUCAUAUGUGUUAUGAGAGCACUUUGACAAAACAUUGAAUCCACAAUUCUACACAUAACAGAGGCACACCUUAGAUCCAGAUAGAAACACACACCCUUGAAACAAACAUUCAACACUUCAGAAUUUCUGGAAAGACUAGUGUUUUUCCCAAGGAACAGUUAGUCACCAGCCUGCAUGCAUGUUUAUGUGUGGGUGUGUAUGUAUAUGUGCUGGCAACGGCCCUUACUUUAGUAAUUUUUCUGAUGAAAACACAGGUUGUGUUUCUCAGGGUGUGAUAUAACAGACUUGUCCUUUCAUGUCUGCAGGUUGUCCCCGUACAAGCCGCCAAACACGCGACUGUACUCUACACUGUGCAUUCCAUAACGGCCAGACUCAAUCAAACAAAAAAAAAAUCACGCAAGGCCUCCGGAAUGCUAGCACUCUCAAACACUCUCAACUGGAUUAGUGCAGAUGAGCUACUGCAAGGAAUUACGCUAAUCAGAAGAGACCCUCCAUCCAACAGUUUAUUUCACCCUUCACAGCUAAUAUCCUCAAUGAACAUAACAUUCGUAAGAUGAAUAAUCACAGCAGCUAUUUUUUCUACAAAAACAAUCCACAUGAAGGCAUUUAUGAUAUAGCAGUUAAAAGACUGUAAAAUUAAGUAUGCACAGUGAUUUCCUACAUCAACACCUAGAAGUUCUUUGGGAAAUAUAACAGUUGAAAAAAAACACCUCUAAUCUAUUGCUCCAGUCAUAAAGCCUUAUCUAGAUUAAGGUAGCACAAACUGUAUGUAUUUUGGUAUGCACAAACAAAAAUGCUUCUAUGAAUGACCUGGUAACAUCAGAAGCACCUUUUAUUAUGGGUGCAUAUGGUGCCUAAGCACUGGGUGUGACACUCAAAUAAUCACAUUAUGAUCUCAAAGUCAGAUCAUAUGUUCAUGCAAGUACAGAAUUUAAAGCAUGAAAAAAUAACAAUCUGCAGUGGAAAAAUUCUUGACACUAGAAGUAAUUUGACAGCACUACAAGUGCAUAAGACAUUAGUUAAACACAUAUGUUUGUGUUUGUAUAUUAAGUGAGGGCACCUAAUUUCUAGCAAUUGGCAUCAAUUUGAUUACAGAUUACGUCUCUGCAUUUAAUAACAAAUUGUUCAAUCUCAUCAUUAUACAUUCCUAUCGUUCUAUUACACUACUACAGCAAUAACCAACAGAAUUCAGUUAACAGAAUAACCAGCAGAAUUCAAAAUAUAUUAACAUUGUCAUAACAAUCACCAUGCUAAAAUAUUCAGAAAACUGUAAUUUUUUUUCAUUGUGAUUACUCCACUUAAACACAUAAAGUAAAAUUUUACUUACUCUGUGUGCUAAAAGUAAAUGAAUAAUUUUUGUUUGUGCAUUUUACUCGUAUUUAGUGAACCUGUUUUUUUAUAUCCAUCAUGCAUGUAAACUAUUUCAAUACAAAACUUUGUUGUGUUGUAUUUUGUUAUGAAUAUACCAAAAUUCUUCCACUUUAAGAUUAUCAGGAAAACAGAGGAUCUCUGUAACCUUCAAGAGGAGGUUUCUUUAUUUUCUCUAACUCUUUUCUCUCUCUCUCUCUCUCUCUCUCUCUCUCUUCCUUCUACAAAUUUUUUCCUCUGACGCACACGCAAACACACACCCACCCAUGGCUGUCCUCUUGCCCCAGCUGCAAUUAUCACCAGAGCGUUUCACUUCUCUAGGUUGAAGGCAGUUCUUUCCAGGACAGUGCGUGACACAGACCCUACAGAGAUAAUCAAUGAAGACCAUCAAUGGCUUGGAUACCAACUUUCUUUACAGCAGAUGAAAUAAAUUCAUAUAGGUUUGGGAAAAUUUGAGGCUGUAACACAACAAAAAAAUGAAAAGAACAUUUGGUGUGUAAUCUUCUGACAUGGCUUGACAUCACAUGUACAAUUGCAAAGCACAGCCUGCUAAUAAUCAGGUUUUUAUUUUACUACAAAAUAUCACGUGUAAUGUGUACACGUUUGUUUGUAAUGAUUUGUAAAAUUUACCAGCAAUAUUUGAGUUUCUUUCUCUCUUUAGAUCAUGAUGAGUGUUCUUUUGGAUUACGAUCAUGACUAUCAUUAUCAUGACCAUGACAACAGUUCCAACCACAGUGACUAUGAUGACAAGGAUUUUCCAGACUUCCACACAGUCUGUGACAAACAAGAGGUCAGAUCUUUUGCUGGGGUGUUUUUGCCAAUAGUCUAUACUCUAGCACUGAUCCUUGGCCUGGCCGGAAACUCUCUGGUCAUUUUGGUUUACCUUUCCCAUAAACGCUUACGGACACUGACGGAUGUUUUCAUCCUCAACCUGGCCUUCGCAGACCUUCUUCUGCUCCUCACCCUGCCCUUCUGGGCUGCGGAUGCAGUAAAUGGCUGGGCAAUUGGCACAGUCGCCUGCAAGAUAACCUCUGCUCUCUACACCACCAAUUUCAGCUGUAGCAUGUUGCUGUUGGCCUGCAUUAGCAUAGACCGCUAUCGUGCGCUAGCUAGAGGCUCCACCACUACCAAUACUCUAGCCAGGAGCAACGCCCGCAGGCAGAGGAUAAUCAUGUGCCUCCUGGUUUGGGGACUUGCCAUUGUCCUCGGAUUGCCAGAUAUGGUAUUCUACACGGUGAAGAAGCAGCAGUCUAGUGGGCGUAAUGCCUGCCGGGCAGUUUACCCACACAAUAUGGCGCGGGCAGCUAAAGCAACUCUGGAAAUUCUGGAAGUGUCUCUGAGCUUUCUUCUUCCUUUCCUGGUGAUGACAUUCUGCUAUUGCAGGGUUGGAAUUGUGUUGGGUCAAGCCGCAACAGCGGGGGUACGUGGUGGAAGGAGAUGGCGGGCAUUUCGGGUUUUGAUAGCAGUAGUAGGUGUGUUUCUGUUGACCCAGCUCCCCUAUAAUGUAGUAAAAUUAGUUAGAGCCCUGGAUGUGAUCUACAUUUUGGUGACGGAAUGUGAGGUGAGCAAAAACCUUGACCGGGCCAAUCAAAUCACUGAAAGUCUGGCCCUUACGCAUUGCUGCCUGAAUCCUGUUCUCUACGUUUUUAUUGGCUCAUCUUUCAAAAUGCACGUUCUGAAGCUUGCCAAGCAUUGCGGGCAGACAAGAAGAGGGUACCGUCAUGGCAAUGAACAGCCCACUGUCGAGAUGUCCCUUAAGUCAAGCGCACAAUCUCACACUCACUCUUCGUCGGACAAUGAAGACACGAGUACGUUCACCAUAUGACAUGACAAUAACUUAAACAAUGAGGACUGCCAACUACAUUAUUUUAAAAUACCUGUGUACAUAGUAACUCGAUGUAUAUAUACCAUAGCCUAAAUACACAUUGGUACACUACACUAGUAUCUGCAGCUCUAAUAUUUGUGUAACUACACACAUUUAACACGAGUAAAAGGACAUUAGUAAAAAAAACCUUUGAACACUCAUUUGUAAUGAAAGUACAAAUGUGUAACAGGAAUAACAGCACUUUUUGGUAAAGAAAGUGUUACAUUUUAUAGACAAUUCUUAUGGAUUAAACCUACCCACUUCCAGCCCCUGGAUGAAAGUGUUCUAAUUACUCUUAUACAUACUGUUGUUACAAAAUGUUUUUACAAAUUCCUGUUACAGGAGUACUUAGUGAAGUAAAAAUUGU